AUGCUUUUUUCUCUGACUUGUUUUUUGUGGAGGCUGUAUCGAUACUGUCGCAACAUGUUUAGCACGGACAGACUGACGGUACCAGAGUACGUCAGCAGGCUGCAGACGCGGAGGAGCGGCCCCGCGGAGCAAAGAGCGGUGUCGCCGGGCAUCAGCGCCGACGUCCAGGCGGCGCUGGACAGCUCGCUGCCGGCGCUCCGCUCCGCUGUCAGCACGCUGAAAACCUCCAAGGACUCCUCCGAUCUGGAUGAAACCCGCAGGGCGAUCGCGGAGAUAUUUCAGCUGGUGGAGGAGGCUUGGAUACUGCCCACCGUGGGCCGUCAGGUGGCCGAAGAGAUCUGCAACAGAAUCCGACUGGAUGGAGGCCUGGAGCUCCUCCUCCAUCUUCUGCAGACGCCAGCAAUGGAGAUCACCUACGAAUCUGCGAAGCUGCUGGAGCAGAUACUGGUUGCAGAGAAUAGAGAUUAUGUUGCUCGCAUGGGCCUGGGGGUCAUUCUCAACCUCACCCGAGAGCAGGAAGAUGCCCAGCUGGCACGCAGUGUCUCUGGGAUCCUGGAGCACAUGUUCAAACACACAGAGGAGACGUCAACUCAGCUUAUCUCCAAUGGGGCCCUAGAUGCUCUCCUGUUCUGGUGCCGAGGUACUGACCCUACUGUGCUGCGCCACUGUGCCGUGGCCUUAGCCAACUGUGCCAUGUACGGAGGCCACCGCUGCCAGCGACUUAUGAUAGAGAAACAGGCCGCCGAAUGGCUGUUCCCUUUGGCUUUUUCCAAAGAAGACGAACUCAUUCGUUUUCAUGCAUGCCUGGCUGUAGCCGUGUUAGCAGCGAAUCGGGAAAUUGAGAAAGAGGUAGUGAAAUCUGGGACCUUGGAGCUAGUGGAGCCAUUCAUUGCAUCACUGGACCCAGAUGACUUUGCCCGGAGUUUGUUGGACAGUGCAGAUAGUAUGCAGGGAAAGACAGCAGCUGAUCUGCAGCAGCUCCUGCCAUUGCUGGAUGGAACAAGACUGGAGGGGAAGUGCAUUGCUGCCUUCUACCUUAAUGUUGAGGCCAGCAUCAAAUCCCGACAGCGCAAUACCAAGAUUUUUCAAGAGAUUGGAGCAGUGCAGAGUUUAAAGAGAAUUGUCAUGUACUCCAGUAAUGGCACAGUCAUUGCCCUUGCCAAGCGGGCGCUAAGAAUGAUGGGCGAAGAAGUGCCAAGACGUAUCCUAUCAUCUGUGCCCAACUGGAAAAACUGUGAGGUGCAGACAUGGCUUCAGCAAAUUGGCUUUAGUGCCUACUGCAAUCGUUUCCAGGAGCUUCAGGUGGAUGGAGACCUCCUGCUGAACAUCACAGACCACGAUCUGAACACUGAUUUGGGCAUGGCUGCUGGCCUCACCCGAAAGAGGUUUCUAAGAGAUUUGCGUGUGUUGAAGAUGUAUGCCAACUACGCCACAUGCGAUCCAAACAAUAUGGCAGACUGGUUAGCUGAGGUGGACCCACGUUUUCGCCAGUAUACCUAUGGCCUUGUCCAAUCAGGAGUAGACCGGAAUAAUGUUCAAAAUCUGACAGACCAACAGCUCCAGUUCGACUGCUUCAUAGAAAAUGGGGUCCACCGAGCCAAAAUCCUCGCUACCAGUCACAGGCCCAUCCAGCCCUGCCUCACAGAUGCCCGGCCCAAAGGGCCCGAUGUGUUCAUCAGCUAUCGUAGGACCACUGGCUCCCAGCUGGCUAGCCUUCUCAAGGUGCACCUGCAGGUGCGAGGCUUUAGUGUCUUCAUAGAUGUGGAGAAACUGGAGGCCGGCAAAUUUGAGGACAAACUGAUUCAGAGUGUACAGCGGGCACGUAACUUCAUCCUCGUCCUGUCUGCCAAUGCACUGGACAAAUGCAUGGGCGACACUGGGAUGAAGGACUGGGUGCACAAGGAGAUUGUCACAGCCUUGGGUGGUAAGAAGAACAUAGUCCCUGUCACAGAUAAUUUCAUGUGGCCUGACCCAAUGUCUCUACCAGAGGACAUGAGGUCUAUCCUCAACUUCAAUGGUAUAAAGUGGUCCCAUGAAUAUCAGGAGGCCACUAUUGAAAAGAUCCUUCGCUUUUUGAAUGGCAAUCCCGGAAAACAUCAACCAGACUGCCAAGCGAGCUCCAAAGGGAAAGAGCAUGAAGAGAAAUAGACAAAAUUUGACCUCAGCUUUUUAACUGCUUCCAAUGAUGCCAAAUAGACCAUGGCCUAAACUCACUGGUCAACACCUUUCCUUACCAUGCCCCAA